UGAUCAGAAGAAAAUCAUUAAAAGAGCUCUUAAAGAACUUGUGAAUUAUCCAACAAUCUCUAAUAGAACAAUUGCAAAAAGAUUUGGCAUUUCUGAGGCAACCUUAAGACAUGUUAUAAAAAAUAAAGAUUCUUUAAAUUGUCCGGGACCUGCUAAAGUUUUAACUGACUAUAAAGAAUAA